UUUAUGAAGUGCAGCCACCUCUUUGACCCCUAACAUUCAAGAUGGCGGACUCACGGACCGGUGGCGAGCGUGUGAUGCGGAAAGUAGACCUGGAACAAGACGUCCUGACUAACGAGGAGCGGACAAUGAUGGACCGAAUGAACGCUCUACAGGCGGCCCGUGCCAUGGAGAGAAGCAGGGCGAGAUGGUUCAGGAGAAAUAUCUUUCUGGGGCUGGCUCUCGGAGGAGUUGUUCUGGGGACUUAUGGUUUCACUAUGUACAGAGUUCGACAGGAGACCUUCGACGACGUGGUGCCAGCCAGCAAGGAAGGUGAAAGUUCAGGGGGCAGCUAGAUGCGGGUCACGUGCUGGGGGUGAAAGUUUGCUGUGGGGUCAUACGCAACAAGAUCGAGAGAACAAGAAAUCAGUCUACAAAAGAACUAUCGUGAAAUAACUGAGUGUUUUACCUCAGAAAAUCAUGAAAAGCAAAGAGAAGUUGUUAUUGGACUGGAUUGUUAGUACUACAUGCAAUGAAUUUGUUACUUAGCUAUAAACGGACACAGUUUGAAAUGUAAAGAGUUGUCGCAGAAAAGCAACCUACUUGUAAUGUUAUGAUUUCUGACAGGGACUAUAUAGUAUAAGGUGGUGUUUAUGUGAUGAUAGAAUGAUAAGAAGGAAAGCUGGUAAGUGAUUAACCGGUGUCCAAGCUUGUGGAUGUAUAUUCUCUAUGUACCCAGUUGUAGUUUUGGCUUUAUAGUUAAUGUGUAAUUGCUUUGAUAUGUCUGCUGUGAUUCAAUUUCGCGGCAAGGAAAAAAUGGAGUGUUCACAGUGGUUUUGAGACUGUACAGUAAUGGAAACACCCUUACAGACAACCAGUCAGAAACCGCCUACUAACGACUUGUCAAGGGUGCACAGAUGGACAGAACAGUCGUAUUCAACACAUCAUGAUACUGUAAAGUGUACAUGUAUUUAGUACGGACAUGUAGCACAUAGACAAGACUGUGGGUGUGUAGAAGACAUGAACAAAACUUGUCAAGGUAAUUUUGAGUUUGAAGUUUGGAGGUCAAAAACGACAAAGUUAACGUAAAACCACAGCAUUUACAAUAUCAAACGUGAAGUUCAUAUGUAGACCCAUCACAUAAGGCAAUGCCAAAAACAUGAACAUUUUGCAUAGAUUUUUGCAUACUGUUAUACUAUGCUGUAUGUAGAUUAGCAAUGAAGUCAAUAUUUCUUAUUGUCUGCCAUUGAAAGCAGGACUUGCAUGUAGUACUGUUAAGAUAAACUGAUGUCAGCCCACCAUUUGUAAAAACCAUUGUAUUGUACAUUUAUGUCAGAAUUGCUAAAAUAUAUCACACAAGCAACAUGGAGCACCAGUAGUUCUUGCUCAUUUAUACAUGUACAGCUGAAGUUUUUCCAAGUAUCAGUACUAAACAAGGAGUUAAUAAAUUCAACCAAUGCUG